AUGAAGCCAAUGAUGAAAGAAGACUCGGAGGUUCUUGUCUCCUUUGAAGAUGUAAUAGUGUUUUUCUCUGAGGAGGAGUGGGCUCUGCUGGAUUUUGACCAAAAAUCCCUAUAUAGAGAGGUCAUGCUGGAAAAUGCUAAGAAUGUGAAGUCCGUGGGUGACAGGCAGGAACCAGAGGAUCAUAAAAGACCAAGUGUGAAUUCUUUUAAAAGAACUGAAACUGAAAAAGAGAUAUUCCAAAAACAAUGCUUACAGAGUGAAAAGAGAUUCGAUACAGACAGUGAUCUCAUUUCUCAUAAAAGGAUCAAUACAAAGGAGAAAAGGUUUAAAUGUGUGGAGUGUGGAAAAAGCUUUCCAAUGAAGUGGCGUCUUACUUCCCAUGAAAAAAUACAUACAGGGGAGAAACCAUAUCAAUGCAUGGAAUGUGGAAAGUGCUUUGCAAUUAGGAGUUACCUUGCUUCCCAUAAAAGGAUCCAUACAGAAGAGAAACCAUAUAAAUGCAUGGAGUGUGAAAAGUGCUUUACAAUGAGACGUGGUCUUACUUCCCAUGCAAGGGUCCACAGAAAGAAGCCAUACCAAUGCAUGGAGUGUGGAAAAAGCUACAUUUGUGGUAGGAGCCUUACGUCUCAUCUAACAAUUCAUACAGGGGAGAAAGCAUAUAAGUGCAAGGAAUGUGGAAAGUAUUUCAACCAUAGUAAUUCCCUUCGUUCCCAUGAAAGAAUCCAUACAGGAACGAAACCAUAUCAAUGUAUGGUUUGUGGAAAGAGAUUCAAUAGAGGCAGUGAUCUCAUUUCUCAUAAAAGGAUCCACACAGGGGAGAAGCCAUACACAUGCACAGAUUGUGGAAAGAGCUUCACCGCCAGUGGUUCCUUUACUAUCCAUAAAAGGAUCCAUACGGGAGAGAAACCAUAUAAAUGCAUGGAGUGUGGGAAGAGUUUCAACUACAAUACUUCUCUUACUUCCCAUAAAAGGAUCCAUACAGGGAUGAAACCGUAUCAAUGCAUGGAUUGUGGCAAGAGAUUCAGACAGAGCAGUUAUUUUAGUGUGCACAAGAAAAUCCACUCAAGGGAGAAACCAUAUAAAUGCACAGACUGUAAAAAGAGCUUUAACAGAAGCAGUUCCCUGAUAUCACAUAGGAGAAUCCAUUCUGGUGAGAAACCAUAUCAUUGUGUGGACUGUGGAAAAAGUUUCACUGUAAGCAGUUCCCUUAAAUCACAUAGGAGGAUCCACACUGGCGAGAAACCAUAUCAGUGCCAGGAGUGUGGAAAGAGUUUCAGACACAGCAAUUCCCUCUCUUCUCAUAAAAGGAACCACACAAGGGAGAAUCAACCUACCAGCAUAUAACACUAAAGGAGCUUUAUUCAGAAGUGAACUCAUAAAAAGAGCCACUUGAAGGAGGGCCCAUAUACAGACUUGUAGUGUGGAAAGAACUUCAGUGGUUACAUUUUUUAUCACAGUGUCAAAAUGGAAAUGUGGUGGAUUAUGAUUACUAAAAAAUUAAGAGUGAAGGAAGGGGAAGAGAAAUAAUAAAAUAGAUGGGCCAAAUGAAGGAGAUUAAAGCUCUAUAGAGGGUAUGUAAGUCUAGUGCUAUUGCUACAUUUAUUGAGAAAAUGUGUUAAAUUUAUGGUCCAAUUUCCUUUUGAAUAUAAUAACCCACAAUUGGAUAUGUAAGAGAAACUCUUUUGAUCAACCAUAUUCAGAGGCCACUGGAAGAAAAUGCAAUGCGAAGGCUGCUCGUUUUCUUAAUUAGCUAUUAAAUAGGCAAAGUUCA